GGGCGGCUCCAUGCGCCACACGUGCGGCCGCGCGAUCGCCGGCCAGGUGAGCCGGAGCCAUGGGGCAGGCGGGCUGCAAGGGGCUCUACCAGUCGCUCUUCGACUACAAGACCGAGAAGUACGUCAUCGCCAAGAACAAGAAGGUGGGCCUGCUCUACCGGCUGCUGCAGGUCUCCAUCCUGACCUACCUGGUGGUUUGGGUGUUCCUGGUGAAGAAGUGUUACCAAGACACCGACACGUCCCUGCAGAGCAGCAUCAUCACCAAAGUCAAGGGCGUGACUUUCACCAACACCUCGGAGCUGGGGGAGCGGCUCUGGGAUGUUGCUGACUACGUCAUCCCACCCCAGGGAGAGAACGUCUUCUUUGUAAUCACCAACCUGGUCGUGACCCCCAACCAGCGGCAGGAAACCUGUGCUGAGAGUGCAAGCGUUCCCGAUGCCCUGUGCUACGAGGACAGCGACUGCCCUCCUGGGGAGCCUGUUGCGGCUGGAAAUGGAGUGAGGACGGGCCGCUGCCUGCGGGAGGGGAGCGCACAGAAGGGCACCUGUGAGAUCUUCGCCUGGUGCCCGGUGGAGACAAUGUCCAGGCCGACGAAGCCACUUCUGGGCGAAGCUAAAGACUUCACUGUUUACAUAAAGAACUUCAUUCGUUUCCCCAAAUUCAACUUCUCCAAGACCAAUGUGCUGGACACCACAGACAGAACUUUCCUGAAGUCCUGUAAGUUUAGCCCCAAGAACCCCUACUGCCCCAUCUUCCGACUGGGCUCCGUGGUCAGCUGGACGGGGAGCAACUUCCAGGAGAUAGCGGUGCAGGGCGGUGUGAUAGGAAUUCAGAUUGAAUGGGACUGUGAUCUUGAUAAAGCGCCUUCUGAAUGUUACCCUCGCUAUUACUUUAACCGUCUGGACAACAGAUUUUCAGGAAACUCUAUCUCUUCCGGGUACAACUUCAGGUUUGCCAAGUACUACCGAGACGCAGCCGGGGUGGAGUUCCGCACGCUGUUUAAAGCCUACGGGAUCCGCUUCGAUGUGAUGGUGAAUGGCAAGGCUGGCAAGUUCAAUAUCAUCCCCACGAUCAUCAACGUGGGCUCAGGGGUGGCACUCAUGGGAGUGGGGUCUUUCUUCUGUGACCUGGUACUCAUCUACUUCAUCAAAAAGAGCCACUUUUAUCGAGACAAGAAAUACGAGGAAGUGAGGGACCUAGAGGUCCUCGCCCAAAUGGCAGAGUCCUCACAGCAGAGCGUGGCCCCGGACGCAGAGGGGCUGGCGGAGCAGCCAGAGGUGCAGGAUGAAGGCGGCGCCCAGAAGGAGAAUGGCUGUGUGUGUGGGCAGCUCCUCCAGCCCGCCAGGUCUGGCCACCAGGGGAACGGAAAGGUGAAUGUGGAGCAGCUGCAGAGCCUGCAGACCGUGGAGGCGUAGCCAGAGGCGUUGGCUGAGAGCAGAUUUGGGAGCAGAACUGUCCACACCUCUGAAGUGGGAAGAGUCCCGUCGUCGUCCACAUGGGACCGGGCUUCCAGGGACAGCACCUCUCCUGAACUUUGGGAUCUUGCUACAAGCUUCUUGUUAUGUGUGUGGGGAGGGGGGCCUCCCAGUGGGCAUAGUGGCUCAUGCAGAAGAGGCCCUAAAGCACAUUCAGUUACCCAUUCAUCCAUGUGGUAAACAGUUUUUGAUGCCGGCUGUGGGCUGGGCCCGUCCAAAAGAUGCUUGAAUGGGACACUGACCCGGCCCUCAGAGGGGAGCACUCAUCUAAUCCCCUUCAGAGCCGACGGACAUGACAGCUGGGCCCCACACUCUGGCCUGCCUCCAGCCACUAGCUGAGACCUGCACCAUUAGCUCUAAAAUCCUCAGAGCAAUUGAUGGCUCCUCAGAGAAGGACCUUGGCCAACACCCAAGCGGACAUUUGGCCUUGCCCCUAGGGCUGAAAUUUAAAGGUGGCCAAGGAGGCAACUGGGAAAGGACUAAAGUGCUGGACCUGUGAGGAGGCAGCCGGCCAUGAGGGGAGGAGAGCCUCUGGAAGCCAGGGGACAGUGUCUCAUCCUGAUAGGAGAUGCAAUUGCCUGUGUGGUUGGGCUCUUGCUGUUCUGUGGAGCUUGUGUUUCCUUGCUUGGCUUCCCUUCCUCUCUCUGAGGCCCCAUCUGAAGGGAUAAUGAGAUGAUGGAUGGUGCUCAAUGUCAAGUGGAAACAGUUGAAGUAAGUUGGUCCUUGACCCCCUCCCUCAGUCGCUGUAAAGCACUGCUACUCAAUGCGUGGUCCGUGGACCCGCAGCACUGGCAUCACCUAGGUGCUUGUUAGAAAUGCAGUCUCAGGCCUCUCCCUCAUCCCCCCAAAUCAGAACCUGCAUUUCAACAGGAUUCCCAGGUGAUUCAUGUGCACGUGAAAGUUUGAGAAGCAGUGCUUGAGGAGAUGUGCAAGGCCUGGUUCUGAAAAGGCCCGCUUUGGCGGGUGGUGUCAAUUUUCGGGUCACACUGACACUCAAGUUACCUCGAGACCAAGCAGAUUCCCUCCUUCCCUGCCCUGUGAAAGUGACAUUAUGCUCAAUUCAUUCAAACUAUUUUGAGUAGGUCAUACGUAAAUGAUUCAAAACUUAAGAGGUACAGAGGAACAGAAGUGAAAAGCUUCUCUUCCACCCGUUCCCCGAGGAAACCUGUGCUACCAAUUCCAAGAGGCUCACCUGUCUUGCUGAGAAUCCACUGGGUUACUCAGGAAACGAACAUUGCCGCCUGCAGUCAGACCAAGUCUCUGCUGUCGGAUGUGAUGGAAUGUGCUGGGCUGAGAAGCCCCUGCGUGAGGGGAAGGGCCUAGAGCUCCACCACUGUUGCUGGAACCACCGGGAGGCCAGGGCCUGCGGCGCUGCCUGUGCCCCCGUGAGCCCCGAUGCUGUCUGAGCACCUGCCUUGCCUCCAGGGAGCAUCCUCUCUGUGAGGACCCUGGUUCUCCUCUGCCCAGAGCAGGCACUUAGCCCCCUUCCCCUGCGGUCUUUGACGAGAGGGUCAGAGGGACGUGGUCCCCAGAACAGGACCCCUUGGAGAACAAGCAGCUCCUCCCCCUGGGUUGCCAGGCGACCUAUCAGUAAGCCCAAACUGCUGCUCUGAUAAGAAAGAGAAACGCAGGUGAUCUGCUGUGGUGUCUCCUUCCUCUCUAAGGCAAACCCUUGGAUUUGAUAACACAGCAUGUUACCUUUAUGUCUGGAAGGGAUCAAAGGGCAGGGGUCCCAGCCACCUAGAAGUUGGUCUGGUUUCAUUUAACCUGUUUUUGGAAUCGCUUGGCAGCAGCCACAUAAUUUGCAGACAGUUGUGCUAUUUGUUUUAUAUUGGAAUGGAAAUGUCUCCCUACAGUUAUUCAUCCAGUCAGUAAAUAUUUAUUGAGUA